AUGUUCUCCUGCCAAAGCUCAUCAUUGGCCACUGUGGCGGAAGCAGUUUCAUUCUCUUCCGUUAUGGAGAAUUGCUUAAAACUACUCCGAGGGGAAACAGUUGCAUCUACUCCGUUAACGGAGGGUUGCUUAAAACUACUCCGAGAAGAAGCCGACUGCGGGCGAUUGGCCGCUUUGCUUCUAAGUUCCCAAAAUUUGCUGCCUCUUCACGGAUUUCCUCUCCUCAUCCAGAUUCUUUCUACAGGAGGAUCACUCUCGUCGUCUGGAACAAUUGAAGAUUGCUGCUAUGAGUUAUUUUACUUGGUAGCAAACGCUCAAGAAGAUGGUGUCAGCAGGGCACUUCUCAUGCUAACCAAGUUCCCUGCUUACCCAACUUACAUCAAACAUCCCUCAGAGCUGGCCACGUUGGUUGUCCAAGCAUCACGGAAUUUCGGGGCGUGGGCGUUGCAUACUGAUGAUGUCAAAUUUAAAGCAGCACUUCACUUCAUACCACGCAUUCUGUCUUCCCAACGUUCAACACCUGUACGCGAAGCUCUCUUGUCUUUGCACAAGGAUUCUAGUUGUACAACUUGUGUCUGGUCAACUAGCAUGCGAGCUGGUGUUGCAGCUAUCCUGAAGAGUCGACUACUUUCGCCGGCUGACAAACUUGAAGUUCUAUUCUUAGCUGAUUCCACCGUUUCAAUUGCUGGCAAUAAAUGGUUAAUUGGUCCGGUUGAUGUCACCAAGGAUCCGGUCCCCCCCUGA